UCUUUGACAGCUAUUGCUUCAAGUACUCUUGUAUUUUCGUUGAGAUACCCCUUUCCUAAAGAUACCCCCCUCCCCUCAACAAGUGAUACCCACCUGUUCUCGCCAGCGAGCUCAGUGUUUGCAAUUUUAUCUUCCAUUCAAGCAAACCACUCCAUUUAUAAUUCUUAUAUCGGAACUACCUAAUAUUCACCAAUAUGUCCGCCGCCGAAGUCGCCAAACCCGUCGAGGAGACUGCUCCCGUCACUGAAACUCCCGCUGCUGAGCCUGCUCCUGCGGCCACCGAGUCUGUCGCUGCUCCCGCUACCGAGGUUACCGCUGCUGCUGCUGAGGCCACCGAGGCUGCUGCCGCUGUUGAGGCUCCGAAGGAGGAGGCCAAGGAAGAGGUUACUCCUGCUACUGACGGUACUCUUGGCUACAAGGGACCCGGUCUCGUCAAGAGCUUCCGCUUCACCAAGCGCUUCUUCUACUUCUCUGACGAUGCUGUCGAGGCCAAGAACUUGACAUCCUAUCUCGCUUCUGAGAAGAGCUCGGCUGCCGCUCAACGUACCGCCGCUUGGGCCACCCAAACCGGAAAGGGUCUCCUUCUCUUGACCAAGCGCGCCGAGGACAAGGCUACCCCUGCCGGCAUCUUCAACUUGUCCGAAGUUAGCGACAUCUCUAAGGAAGGAUCUACCGAAUUCUCCUUCAAGACUCACGGACACAAGCACGUCUUCCAGGCCACCUCCGCUGCCGAGCGUGACGGCUGGGUCGCUGCUUUGACCACCAAGUCCAGCGAGGCUGAAGCUGAGAAGGAGACCGUCACUGGUAGCGAGGGCUACAAGGCUGAGCUCGAGAAGAUCACCAAGCCUGCUGUCGUUGCCGCUGCUGUCAAGGCUGCCCCUGCCCCUGAGAAGGAUGCUAAGGAAACCGAAACUGCCGCCGAGGACAAGAAGGAGGAAAAGAAGGACGACAAGAAGAGCCGCUCUCAAUCCCGCAAGCGUACCUCUAUCUUCGGAACCAUCUUGGGCAAGAAGGAAAAGGAAGAAGCCAAGGAGGAGACCCCUGCUGCCACUGAAACCACCCCUGCGGAGGCUACUCCCGCCACUGAAACCGCUGCAGCUGAGACCACCGAAGCUCCCACCGCUGAGGCCACUACUGAAGAGGCUGCUCCUGCUACUGAGGCCGCUGCUACUGAGGCUCCCGCCGAGGAGAAGAAGGAGGAAGCUAAGCCUGCUGCCAAGCCUAAGCGUGCUUCUAUCUUUGGAGAGUUCUUCAAGAAGGUUGCCAGCCCCAGCAAGGAGAAGACUGAAGAGGAGGUCGCCCCUGUUGCCAGCACUGCACCUCAACUCGAGAACCCUGUUGAUGAGAAUGCCGCUAAGCCCAUUGAGCCUGAAGCCGUGACUGAAGCUCCUGCUGUCGAAGCUGCUACUGCUUCUUCUUCUGAGACCCCUGCCGCUGAGGCUGCCACCGAGGACAAGAAGGAGGCCACUACUCCCGAGAACAAGCGCCGCACUUCUUUGUUCGGUACCUUGGGCAAGAAGAGCAAGACCGAGUCCACCUCGGACGGUGAAGGCAAGAAGACCAAUAAGCUUGGAGGUCUCUUCCGCAAGCCCAGCAAGGCCGUGAAGUCCGAGGAUGACAAGAAGAAGGAGGCUACCCCUGCCGAGACCAUCCCUGAGGGUGAAGACAAGCCCGAGCCUAUCGCCAAGGAUGUCCCUGCUGACGAGACAGCUGCUCACGCCGCCGAAAAGACCGAAGAGCCCGCUGUUGCUGCUGAGCCCGUCAACGUUACUCCCACUGCUGCUCCUGUCCAGGCUGCUGCUUGAAGGAGAAGCGCCAGAACGAGCGUAGUGGAGUUUGAAAAAUGGUGGGAUGGGGAUCACCCUACUCGUUCUGGCAUAUCCGCGGCCUGACGAAUGACAAUCUGAUGUUCUAUACCCCCUUUUGAUUCUUUCUUUCUCCCAAAUUUCUUUCGUCUUGGGAAAUGAAAAUAUUUUAAUUAAUGUGCAGGACUGUUGACAGGACUGUUGGAAUGUUGGCGAGAUGAUGAUACCCACUAUUUCUCUCUCUCUCUCUCUCUCUUUCUCUCUCUUUUCGAUAAUUGUUCUUUUUUUGUCUUUUACUUGAUUUUGAUGCUUUCAUCCGAAAACCAAGAAAAAAUUUAGUACCGCAACGAUACCCGAGUCCAGCUCAACAUGAACUUCUUCGAAGUUCAUACUUGAUGUUUGUCUCCGUUGUGCAUUUGUCUAACUCUUUGUCUAUCUGCUAGAUUGAUACCACUUUGCUUUUGUCCUGCUUUUUUGUGUCUUUUUUUUGGUACCAUGAUCUUAUCUCUUCGCUCUUCGACUUGGUUGAAGUUGUGUUUGCUUGAUAUAUCAUGUCGCUCGUUUCCUUAUUAUUACACUAUAACCUAUACACACUUAUCUUUAUAGUCAGACAGUCCACGGCUAGUCAGCAUCAGUAUACUGAUAAUAAUAAUAUGUGAUUUGUCUAUCUUCC